AUGCGAUCGAGAACCGGAUGUUUGACGUGUCGGCAACGGAAGCUCAAAUGCGACGAGCAGAAACCGCAGUGUUCGCAGUGUCGUCGGGGGGCGCGCGAGUGCCGCCCGAGUGAGGGGAUUGUGUUUCGCCAUCAGCAGAAUGCCUCGAUGAACAAAGAUGGUGAUCAGGCGGGGGAUCGAGGCAGUCUCAAUGGGUUCUAUAGCUACAAGAAUACCUUUGACGAGGAUAGUGUCUGGCUGGAGAUUCCAAAGCAUGUCAUCUUCGUGGACAAUUCCGACCCCUAUGCCGAAGACCUGGAGGCGACCAUCCGGGAAUCCGAGGCAGCGGUGCACCUUGCAAAUUCGCACAAUCAGGACUGGGAAAUGGGUUCUGCCGCCGAGCGACAGGGCCUCGAGGCCCUGUCCGCGGCCGCCACGCAGAAUCGCUUCGCUUUCCACCAGCUCGCCGUUGACCAUCACCAGGCCAUGGUGGUCGCCGAGCCGGUGUCUUUCACCACUCCCGCGGUCGAGCUGCCACCGACGGUGACCUCUGUCUCGUCGGGACCCUCGCCCACCAACGCAACGAACAGCGCGUUCCCCCCGGCUGCGAUGGCGUCGCCCUCUAUCUCCAUCUCCUCGGCGAAUAAUAAUAAUACUGACAACAUCAACAACAACAAUAAUAGUAAUAAUAAUAUCAACUUCCUUCUGAACCCCACCCAGUCGCUCUCCCCGUCGAUAGACCCCAGCAUCCAGAUCACGGGGGAACACCGCCGCAAUCCGUCCUAUACACCCAGAUCCAUCACGCCACGGGGGACCGCAAUCGUCUCUGGCUACCGACUAGAUCCAGAUCCCGAGACGCAUCGUGAGAUAGCCUUUCUUCUCCGCCAUUUUUCCGAAGCUCCGGGCCUAUGGAUGGAUCUAUUCGAUCUUGGAACGUACUUUGCCUCAUACGUUCCUGUGAAGGCAGCCAAGAACCCGCUGCUCAAGUACGCUGCGUGCGCCUAUGCGGCCAAGCAAUUAGGCCGGGUGAAAGGCGCCAGGGGCUCUGUCGGAGGUGUUUCGUCAUGGCAGGCGUUCAUGGAGACAUGGCCCGACACGGAGAAAAGGGACUGGUGCUGGUGCGGCGCCAAGUACUACGAAAAAGCCAUCCAGCUGCUGAUGAAAGAGUUGCAGCCGGACGCGGAGGGUCCGCCGCCGCCGAGCACCCCGGAGGCGUUCGGCCAGUGGCAGGCGAGCAAGGUGCGCGAUGGCGAUGAUGACGACGACGAUGACGGUGAUGGUGAUUCCGAACCGACACCGCGCAAGCGGCAGCGCUUCGUUGUCGACAGUCGGUUGUCUAAUGGGGUGCAUUCGGACGAGGUGCUGGCGGCCACCGCCAUCUUGUCCGUGUAUGAGUUUCUAGACGCGACCGGACCGGCUUGGAGCCGCCACUUGAGCGGGGUCAAGUCGCUGCUGGACGUCGCCGAGGUGGGUAUGAUGCCACUGGAGCAACGGGCGUCGACGAAGAAGUCCGGCCUGUCCAAGGCGAGGAAGGCGACGUUCUGGAAUUUCGCCCGACAGGACUAUCUCGCUGCAUUCAUCAACAAAACCCAGACGAGACUCAACACCGACGACCUUGUCCUGUGGACUGAAGCAGGCCUUCAGAUCGACAAUCUAGGCUUCGUGCGGCCCAGCAACAGCUACGCAACGGGCUACCCGGAGGGCGACGGCGUGAUGAAAGAGGAUCUGAUCUCCAACGCCCUGAUCUGGAUCCUCUCCAAGAUCGUCAACCUGAUCAGCGCGAGCGCAGACCGUACUCUCUCGCCCCAAGUCUUCCGUGACCGCCGGUACCGCCUCGAAGCAGAAUUAAAUGCCUGGUACGCCGGCCUACCCGAUACCUUCCAGCCAUGUGCGCGCGUGGAGCCUCCUUCGACGAACAACAAUCCCACCACAACUACCUCUACUCUUGGUGAUGUCUCCCCCUUUACCGAAAUCUGGUACAGCGUGACCAUGUGCGGUUCCACAAUGCAGCACUACCACCUCGGCCGCAUCCUCCUCUUACUACAUAACCCGGACCUUAAAGGUAAUGUUCCGAACAGGCAGUAUUCCGGCACUCUUCGCUACCACAGCUACGAGAUCGUAGGCAUUUCGCUCGGCCGCCCGGACGGCGCCGUGCGGAUCAACUCCCUCCAGCCGCUCUUUGUCAGCGGGCAGUGUCUUCGCGAGCGGCGCGAGAGGCAUGUCGUCUUGAACCUUUUACGUGGCAUUGAGGCUGAUCUUGGCUGGGCGACGGGGUAUCGUGUUUCACAGCUGUUGGAGGAGUGGAGAGCAUGA